AUGCCAUCGACUCCUGAAAUUGCUGCUGUUGUUGGUAUCACUGCGAUUUCUUUCGGACUACUACGAUAUUUUGUGCAAGGUGGUAUCUGUCGUAGUAAAGCUCGUCUGGAUAACAAGACAGUCAUUAUUACCGGAGCCAACACUGGUAUCGGGAAAGAAACAGCCAUUGAUUUAGCUAAACGAGGCGCUAGAAUUAUUGUAGCUUGUCGUAAUGAAAGUAAAGGGACGACAGCUGCCAAAGAAAUUAUUCAAUUAAGCGGUAAUACUCAAGUUGUCUUUCGAAAGCUCGAUCUAGCAUCAUUUCAAUCCAUACGUCAUUUUGCUAAUCAUUUUAACGAGAAUGAAGAUCGUCUGGAUAUUUUAAUUAAUAAUGCUGGCGUUUUAUGGUGUCCGUAUAUGGAGACUGAAGACGGAUUUGAAAUGCAAUUUGGAACUAACCAUUUAGGCCAUUUCUUAUUGACCAAUUUAUUGUUGGAUAAGUUAAAGGCAUGUGCACCAAGUAGGAUCGUUGUAGUAUCAUCACAAGCGCAUUUCCAUGGCAAGAUGAAUUUCGAUGAUUUAAAUGGCAAGAAAAAUUACAAUUCUUACACGGCUUAUUUCCAUAGUAAACUCGCCAAUGUCUUAUUUACACAUGAAUUAGCUAGAAGAUUACAAGGGACUGGUGUGACAGCUAAUUCAUUACAUCCAGGUGCAGUCAAGACUGAUAUUGCUCGUCAUUUAUCAAUCUAUCAAAACAGCUUCUUGAACAUUCUAGUACAGCCUCUUUAUUGGCUUUUCAUGAAAACGGCAAAGCAAGGAGCACAAACAUCAAUUUAUUGUGCAAUCGAUGAAUCUAUCGAUGGUGUUACCGGUAAGUACUUUGCCGAUUGUCGAGAAGCAAAGUGUUUACCACAAGGACGUGAUGAUGGAGCUGCUAAAAAAUUGUGGGAACUAAGUGAAGAGAUGACUGGACUUUGCAAAAACCAAGAAUAA